AUGGCGUCGUCGCAUGGCUGGUCGUCGCUCAUGCGCCUGCUCGUGCUCUGCCUUCUCUUCGGCGCGUCUCUCGCGGCGACGCGGCGCUACCUCUCCGUCAGCAUGGACGAGCUGCUGAGCUCCAAGGCUCACCUCGACUGCCCUCCCUUGAAGAAGUCAGUGGCAACUUCUGGCAACAAGCUCACGAUCCCUGCGGGUUGCGGCUUUCCACCAAAAUGCUGCGGCGGCGCUGGCGAGUCCAUCCGGCACCAUGACAUGAACCGGCUGAGCACUCUCCUCCAGAGGUCCUCGUCGACGGCGUCGUCAGCUGCACCAUCGCCGUUGCCACGCCCCAUCCCCGGGCUUCCUUUUCCUCCAUUUCCAUUCGCUCCAGCUCCGUCAGUACGCCCCUUCCCCGGGAUCCCGUUCCCAUUUCCUCCCGCUCCGUCGGCACGCCCCUUCCCCGGGAUUCCGUUCCCAAUUCCUCCAGCUCCGUCGGCGCGGCCCAUCCCCGGGAUCCCAUUUCCAUUUCCACCAGCUCCGCGGGCACAACCCUUCCCGGAGAUUCCAUUUGCUCCAGCUCCGCGGGCACACCCGUACCCCGGGAUUCCUGUCGCUCCAGCUCCAUUGGUUGUUCCCGGAAUCCCGAUUUCAUCUCCUCCGGCAGCGCCGCCGGCCGUGACGAUCCCGGACACCUCCGGGGCGUACCUCGGCACGCUGGAGUUCGUGGUCACCGUCGGCUUCGGCACGCCGGCCCGGAAGUACGCGGUCGUGUUCGACACCGGUAGCGACGUGUCGUGGAUCCAGUGCCAGCCGUGCUCGGGGCACUGCUACAAGCAGCACGACCCCAUCUUCGACCCGACCAAGUCCGCCACCUACGCCGCCAUCCCCUGCCGCAACCAGGAGUGCCGGGCCGCCGACGGGAGCUGCGACGUCAACGGCACCUGCAUCUACGACGUCGAGUACGGCGACGGGUCGUCCACCUCCGGGGUCCUGUCGCACGAGACGCUGUCCCUCACAUCCUCGAGCGCGCUCCACGGCUUCGUGUUCGGCUGCGGCGAGAAGAACCUCGGCUCGUUCGGCGACGUCGACGGGCUGAUCGGCCUCGGCCGCGGCAAGCUCUCCCUGUCCUCGCAAGCCGCCGCGAAGUUGGGCGCCACCUUUUCGUACUGCCUGCCGUCCCACAACGGCACGCAAGGGUACCUCACCAUCGGCACGACGCCGGUGUCCGACAAGGUCGCGUACACGGCCAUGGUGCAGAAGCCGGACUACCCGUCCUUCUACUUCGUCGAGCUCGUCUCCAUCAACAUCGGCGGGUACAUCCUGCCGGUGCCGCCGACGGUAUUCACGAGUGCGGGCACGCUCCUCGACUCCGGCACCACCCUCACCUACCUCCCGGAGGAGGCGUACACCGCGCUCCGGGACCGGUUCAAGUUCACCAUGAAGCAGUACAAGCCGGCGCCGGCGCAGGGUGUCCUCGACACCUGCUACGACUUCACGGGGCAGAAUGCCAUCUUCAUCCCGGCCGUGUCGUUCAAGUUCAACGAUGGCGCCGUGUUCGACCUCGACUUCUUUGGGGUCCAGAUUUUCCCGGACGACGCGACGGCCAUCGGAUGCCUCGCGUUCGCGGCUAGGCCGCAGGCGAUGGCGUUCAACAUCAUUGGCAACACGCAGCAGCGGUCGGCUGAGGUGAUCUACGACGUCGCGGCGGAGAAGAUUGGGUUUGUCACGGGCAGUUGCUGAGGUGAUCGUCGAUGCUUGUUGGUUGGAGAAUAAGCGAGAAGCGACGUGUGUG